AUGGCGAAUGAUGGCCGCCGGCCAGUUAUGGCCGGUGGUACUCUGGACGUACGAAGAUCACCGGCGGUGGUUUUUCAGAAUCAAAAUCGACCUUUUACGAAUUCACCUCCAACAUUUGGUGACGAUUUUUCUGCUAUUUCUCAAGUUUCAAAUCCUGUGAAGAGAUCGAGCAUUUUCAUUAAUGAAGGAGGUUUCAUUUCAUCGAAUAAGAUCCUUGAAUUGGAAAAAAAUUGUUCGGGUGUAGCUGUUAUUGAGACAGGAAUCUAUAUUCCUGAUAAUGUCGUCUUAUCUUCAGAAGAGGUUACUGGGAAUAACAAGAUAAAUAUUGAAGACAAUGAAGCAAUAGAGAAUGCAAAGGAAGCUGAUUUGAAUUUUGUUCGUGACUGCAAUUCAAGAGAGCUGGGAAAUUGCAUUGAUCAUAACGUUAUUCCGGCAAGAAGUAAUAAUGCUAUUCAGCCUAAUGUUUGGAGUAAGAAAUCAAACAUUAAAGUUGUAGAUUUGGAUCUAGGUGAUUUCUUAUCUAAAGAUGGAGAAUUUGUUAAACUUCAUGCUGACAAGGAGAUUGAAAAUACCAGGAAGCUUCAAUAUUCUCUUGUGGUUAAAGUCUUUGGUAGCAAUGUGCCUUUUCCUAUUGUUAGUACUGAACUAAGAAAGCAAUGGUCUUCUUUUGGAAAAUUCCAUCUUACUAUGCUCGGAAGUACUGGUAAAUUCUUCCAAAAAUUGGAAUAUGAAAGGCUUCCUAACCUUUGCUUUGAUUAUGGAAAACUUGGUCACUUGAAAAAAGAUUGCAAUGACAAGACAUUGGGAGGGAUCAAUGUUUCAGCUGGAAAUAAUGAUAUUCAGGAAAAGGAAACCAUAAAGUCUAGUAAUUUAACUGAUCCAUCUGUGAAAGCUGAGAAGACAAAUGAGGCUAUGGACCAUGACAAUCUGGUGGAGGAGGGAGAAAUUGUAGACAAUGUUAAAAAUCUGGACCCUAUUAGCAGAAAUGUUUCGAUGGCUGGUUACUCAACAGAUUCAGCUAGUAUGACAGACUAUAAAGAAGAUGAAAUGAAGAAAGUUAUGAGUUUUGAUAGAAAGGAUGUGGAUCUUCUGAUUGGUCCAGAUUGGGACUUCUUUCAUGUUCCUUCAGAAGGCUUAUCUGGAGGUUUGAUUGCACUUUGGAAGGCUAACCUUGUUAGAUUUCAAAUUGUGGAAUUCUGCUCUCAAUUCAUUAUUGGUAAUUUGGAUAUUCCUAAUAAAGGGAUUUGGAGGAUUGCUUCUAUAUAUGGUAAUAAAGAUUCUUAUAAGAGGAGGAGGAAUUGGGAAAGGUUGGAAGUGUACUCUUCAAAGGACCUUGCAAUGGUGUUGGGAGGUGACUUUAAUUGUAUCCUUUCUAAAGAUGACAAGAGGGGAGGAAAAAGAUUCUUGUUUGCCCCUAGACCCAAGGAGAUGAAAUCAUUCCUAGCUCUUAAUGACUUUGAUGAAGUUGAUUUUGUGGGUUCAAAAUUCACUUGGUCUAACAACAAAAAAGGUGUAGAUCGGAUCCUAGAAAGGAUUGAUAGAUGCUUCAUAAAUUCGGCUGCAUUAAAUUCUCCUCAUAGAUUGGUGGUGAGGCACUUGGCUCGAGUUGCUUCGGAUCAUUUCCUAGUUGUUUUAAAUCUUGUGGUGCAGAAUUCAGCAAAAAAAGUUCUUAUAUUUGAAGAAGUUUGGGCUUCCAACAAAGCUUCGCUUGCUGUGAUCAAAGGCAUUUGGAGGAAAAAAAUUGAUGGAAGUUAA